CAUGACAUUCCUCGUUUGCCCAAUCCAUGAUUCUGUUGCAAGAGAGCGAACGUAUCAUCCCUCGGGAGCCAGGGCAAAAUGUCGUCCAAAUCGCUGCCGAUCCAAAGCACAGAUACUCGGGCAGAAUUGGCCGAAUUGGUGAAGAGGCGAGCCGAAAUAGCGGAGACCCUUGCAAACCUUGAGAGACAAAUCUAUGCAUUUGAAGGGAGUUACUUGGAAGAUACUGCCCUCUACGGUAACAUCAUUAGAGGAUGGGACCGCUACCUCACCAAUAAAAACACAAACAGCAAGACCGACAAACGGAAUCGGAAGUUUAAGGAAGCGGACAGACUGUUCUCCAAAUCAUCCAUCACGUCACAUGGCUGUCUUGGCUUGACGGACUCACAGCAACAAGAUAAAAAACCAUCAUCUUCUCAACCAUCGUUGUCUUCCCAAUCUGCAUCCUCCCUUUCUACCCCAACCGAUGGGGAAGUCCACGAGAAUCAGAGCAGUCACGAGGCAUCAGCGUCUUCGUCCAAGUCGGAGCCCGAGGUGAAGGGCGGUCCCACUGACGGAGAAACGGACAAGCAUGGUGCCAGCGGGUCCAAUCACACCGGCAAGUCACAUGGCAAGUCACAUGGUCACAAGAAGAGGAAAAAUAAAAGCAGACACAGAUUAGAAGCAAGAAUUAAAAAGAGCAAACACUCUGAAGAUGCUUGAGAUGACCGAGAAGCCAAGGUCAAAGGUCAUGAGUGUACAAAAGAGGUAUUCAAGCAAGCUCUUGGUUGUGUAAGCAGAGCACGAGUCCUGUGUAGAAGGAAAGUGUGAAUAUGUGUAUUGGUCAAGAUUUGUUUUGUAAUGAAUAGCUGAAAGAAUAAACCCAACAAUGUCUGGACAGUGCAACUCACAGGGUGAUCAAUAGUGGACACUUAGGCAAUGGUUGUCCAGAUAACUUGUUGCCCUGAAUGGGAUUUAGAAACUCCAAGGUUUACUGGCUAGUUUGACAGUCAUCAAGCAUGUGACUUCGAAAAAUUUACCCCAUUGGCUGUCCCAAUUAGUGGUUACUAAACAUGACCUGGGAAAACAGACCUCACUGACUGUGAUUGGCGGUUGUGAAGCAUGUGACUUGGAAGGACUAGCUUCAUUGGCUGCUCUGAUAACAGAUCCCCUGAAGAAAAAAGAAACCAAAAGAAGAAUGGUUGAGUUAGAAACAUGUUCAGGUACUUACUCAUUUCAAACUUCAGUGUGGACAGUUGUACUUCUUUACCCACAACCAACCAGAUGUUGCAGUGCAACGUUCCUGCCAUCAUCGUAGAAAAGUACAAGCUUCUCUCAACAGACAUGCAACUUGGACUUUGACAAAAAGAGGAAAUUCCAAUCUUUACACGACUUUGUAGAGUGUUUUUCAAUUUUCAGUGGCAUCAGUGUGAAGUGAAAAGCAAGGAAAUCAGCUGAUCCAAGGAAAAGUUGCUCGCCUGUCUAAAGCAAACCUAAAUGCGGUUGAGAAUGACCAAGCAAGUUGUACAUUUGAAGUGGUUUCGGUCUUUGUGUACAUGUAUGUUCUACUUUCUAUGCAAGCACAGUGUAAUGUUUAAUUUCUUUUAAGUGUUGUAUAAACUUACUAGUGAUGAUUAGUUUUUGUAGAAUGUGGUUUGUGUGUAUGAAGAUAAAACAAAGGGCGUUUGUGUAGAGACUUGAAGGUUAUUUCUGCUAUAAGCAGUCUAGGGUAUUACCAUAUAUGGGCAUAGUGACCUUUCCUAUACUGAUAGAGCAAUUUUUAUCAAAAUUCAAUUUUGAAUAUCUCAAGUUGGCUACGACGAUUUUUAAAUCCCAUCGGUACAAACGUGUUUUAGAUCUUUUAGUUUAUAUCUCAUUCUCAGGUUUUUUUUUUAUCACAGCCAAUCAAAUUUUUGCAAUUAAAAUUUUCUGUUAGUGUUUUUGAAACAUGGAAACACCUAUGCAAUCCGUUGCAAGCUGCUAGAACAAGCCUUGUGAUUUGUCAGAUUGCACCAGAUUAUAAUGUAAUAGGCUGUCCAAAUAUGGUAAUACUCUAGACUGAAAAGAGGAAAAAAACACCCUUCUAUACAAGCUGUGUACCAGUCAUAAACCGUCUCAGCGUUGACAAUCACUUCAUUGUUUGCCUUGGGUGCUUUUAGAAAAAAAUAAAACUGCAUCGCCCCAGUGACGUGUUUUGGCAUUGGGAACAUAACUUUCAUCUUAGUUUAAAUAUUUGAAAUUGUAUCGGCCAGCAGCAGAAGCCCUUGUAUACCUCUUUUUGAAAGUUUGUGUUAUUCACUGUCCGUAGAA